AUGGAUAGCAGGAAGAGGGAAGGGAAGGGGGUAAGAGAAGAACCCUUAACUGCUAUCUCAGUGGUUUUGCCAAAGUGGGUUCAACAAGUGAUUACCAAUUACCAAAAUGAUGAUUUUACCAAAAAGAUUAUCAAUAGCAAGGCUGUGGACCCCUCUAGUUACCCAGAGAGUUUAAGUUUACUAUCACUGAUGGGCUUAUCAGAGCCGCUGGAGCUCCUAGAUCGCCGGCAAAUCUUGAGGGGUCGCCGAUCAGUGGAACAGCUCUUGGUCCAAUGGGCACGAUUUGGUCUAAACUCCAUGUCUUGGGAAGACUCGAGCUUUCUCCAUCACAACUUUCCUUUUUCCGGCCGCAAGAUUCCAUCUUCUAAUCCUUGUGGGCAAGGAUCUCUCGAUCCGGGGAAAUUGUAG